CACGCCCGUUCCCCUUAGAGUCCUGCCGAUCAAGACUUGGCGAGAGGUGACUCACCGAAGCCCCCGAUCGAUCCCAAUCGGAGAGCGGACGAGAGAGAGAGAGAGAGAGAGGAAGAGGAGGAGGAGAUCGAAGAAGAAGAAGAAGAAGAAGAAGGGUCUUCCCAUGGGGUUCAUGAUGACGACCAUUGUAUUCUUCGUGGCGGGCGUUGUCGCCUCUGUCCUCGUCCUCCUCUGCUGCAGCCGCGGCCCCUCCACCAAUCUGUUUCAUUUAACAUUGAUCAUUACAGCAACAGUUUGCUGUUGGAUGAUGUGGGCAAUUGUCUAUCUUGCGCAGCUAAAACCUCUGAUUGUUCCAAUCCUCAGUGAAGGGGAGUGACAUGCUCACAAAACAAUGAUUCAAGUCAUUUGCUACGACUUGAAAUGUGUCCCAUUCUUCAAUGCAACUCAGCAUCUUUUUGUAAGAUUUUACUUCUUUAAUCUCUGAACCUAGUUAAGGAAAACUUGAGAUGUAUCUUCUUGUAUAACAAUAAUGUGCUUCUUAUGCUUAAUUCACUUCACACUGA